CAAAGCAGUCCUUGCAAGAUGUGCCACUUCUCAGGACUCCGGACUCCGGACAGACCGGAACGAUUACUCAGAGCGGCUCUGGCCGUUUGUUAUCACUGCCACGAGUGUCAGUCUGCGACGCCGAGAGAAAUCACUUUGCUUGUAAGUGGGCUUUGCGGCUUGGCGCAGGAAUCCCGGGACAUGGCGGUGACCCAGUCGGUUGUCCACUGGCUCCAAGGGGCGGAGGACCUGGGCGAGGAGCUCGCCCGCCGGAGCCGCCCAGUCCUGCCCUCCGUGGCCCGCCUCUGCCUGGUGGCCACCUUCUUCGAGGACGCCCUGCGCCUGUGGUUCCAGUGGGCGGAGCAGCUGGCCCUCCUGCAGGACCACCACCAGUGCUCCACCGCCCUUGCGGUGGCCAUGGUCCUGCUCAGCCUGGUGGGGCAGCUGGCGGGCUGUGCCCUGGUCCUGCUGCACCUCUACACUAAUUUUGCGGUCACCCUGCUGGCCAGCCUGGUGCUGCUUCAGGCUCACAUAUACGAAGUUCCGCUGGAGCUGCAUUUGCUGCUCCGGACCAUCUCCCUACUUGGGGGCUUACUGCUCCUCCAUGUGGAAGAUAAGGAGGCCACGGCUUGCCGGAUCUACAGAACCAGUGCUGGACUGCCCUUCCUUGAGAGCCGGCGAUCCCAGCACCUGAUGCAGCUCACCGGAAGGGUUCUGCUGGCCCUGAUGUAUUUGACCCUGUUCCAGCAGUACUUCACCAUGGCAGCCAUGGCUUUAAACUGCUUCGGCCUAGUCCUGAUGGCUUUCAUCGUGAUGGGCUAUCGCACCCGUCUGGCUGCUCUGUGCCUUUCCCUGAUUUUGACAGUGUGGAAUGUGGCCACAAACGCCUGGUGGUCAGCCGAUGAGGACACCAUGGACCUGCUCAAGUACAAUUACUUUCAUACACUGUCGGUUGUGGGUGGCCUACUCUUGGUGGUGGUCCUCGGUCCAGGAAAUGUGUCGGUCGAGCAGUACAAAAAACGCUGGUAGCCCUUUGUGAAGUAAAGUAAUUUAAUAAUAAUAAAUACUAAUAAAUACAUCCAAACAUCGAAAAUUUA